CCGCACGCGAUGUGCCGCCUGUGCCGCGCGCGCGGCGUCGGCGGGCCGUUCGCGCUCGUGGAAAACGACCCGCCGUCGUCGUCGCACGUCGACGACGACGCGUUCGUGCCGUGCCGCGUCGCGCGUUCCGUCCUCGCGGAGGCGUCGCCGCAUCACCAUCGAUCUCAUCGUCGCGUCGACGCGCCCGGAUCCGCCGCGCGCGUCGCGCGCGUCGUCGUCGGCGCCGGCGUCGCCGGCGCGUGCGCCGCGGAGGAACUCUGCCGCCUCGCCCCCGACGACGACGUCGUCCUCGUCGCCGCGACCGACGCGGUGAAGGCGGUCCUCGACGUCGAGCGCGUGACGCGGCGUCUGUCCGUCGUGAACGUGGUCGAGCGGCCGAUCGAUAGCGCGCUGGCGUACGAGAACAUCCGCGUCGCGCGCGGCGUCGUGACCGGGAUGGACCCCGCGGCGCGGACGCUGACGCUGAAGCUGAAGCGCGCGCCGCCGACGAGCGGAGAUGAGAGAGACGCGAGACGCGAGGGCGAGGGCGAGGGCGAGGGCGACGAAGAGACGACGCUGCGGUACGACCAAUUAUUCGUCUGCGUCGGCGCGGCGCCCGUCGUCCCGGAGGCGUGCCGCGGAGACGUCGCCGCGUCGGUGACGCGGACGGUCCGCGACGUCGAGGACGUGACCGGGCUGUGCGACGCGCUGCGACGCGCGAGGCGGGCGCUGCUCGUCGGGAACGGCGGCAUAGCGAUGGAGAUCGUGGGCGCGCUCUGCGGCGGCGACGGCGGCGGCGGCGGCGGCGGCGGCGACGACGACGCGCCCGCCUCCGACGCGCCGCCGCCGCGCGAGUUGGUCUGGGCGCAUCGGCACUCCACCGUGGGGGAUUCGUUCUUCGAUCGCGACGCGGGCGCGUUCUUGAUGGGACUGUUGUCCCGGGGCGGGACGAGGCGCGACGGCCGAAGCCGCGGCGGGAACGCCGCGGAGAAGACGAGGAAGCGGCGGCGGCGGGGAAAAGACGACGGCGACGGCGAAGACGAAGACGCCGCCGGCGUCGUGGAAGGUGGAACGUCAACCGUCGGCGGCGGCGCGACAGGGCCGAGCUGGGUGAAGACGAUGACGUCGGCCCUCGAGUCCGGGACGCGCGAGCCGUUCGCGCUGCGUCCGCGUCCGGACGUCGAGCUUCGCGCCGUGGAAGCCGCCGGCGACGACGACGACGACGCGGACGGGUUCGCCGCCGUCGCGGUCCUCUCCGACGGCGAACGCGUCCCCGUGGACCUCAUCAUCGUCGCCGCGGGCGUGGACCCGGCGCCGCGCGUCGCGUUUCUCCCGCGCGACGUCUACGCGAGAGGCGACGACGGCGGCGUCGAAGUCGACGCGUGCUUCCGCGCGAAGCGCGCGGCGGCGGCGGGCGGCGGCGUCGACCCGCGCGUCUUCGUCGCCGGCGACGCCGCGUGCGCGACCGACCGCACCUCCGACCCCUCCACGCGCUGGCACCAGACGCGUCUGUGGUCGCAGGCGAGGCACGCGGGGACGUUCGCGGCGAGAGUAGCGACCGACCACGCGGACGAGGACGCGUUCGGGUUCAACUACGAGCUCUUCACGCACGUCACGUCGUUUUUCGGUCUCAAGACGAUCUUGCUCGGAUCCUACAACGCGCAGACGCUGGAGGGCGAACCGGAAGAAGACGUCGUGAUGUACGUCAGGCAGACGUACGACCCCGCGCCGUGUUUCAUUCGGGUGUUGCUGCUCCGGGGGCGGAUGAUGGGCGCGGUGUUGAUCGGGGACACCGGCGGUCUGGAGGAGACGUUCGAGAACCUCAUCUUGGACCGCAUAGAUUUGAGCCGAUGGGGGCCGGCGCUGCUGGACCCGGAGUUCGACGUCGAGGACUUCUUCGAUUAGAUACGAGAGAUGUAGGAACAGACGACGACGCGACGCGAGACCGUCGCCGUGUUUUUGUCGCGGCGUACUAUGAGAAUUUAAAAUUAAAAGAAUUACUGA